AUGGCAAAGAAAUCAAAGAGAAAACAGCCCUUCACCUCACAAACACAAUCAACAACUUCAAAAUUCAAGCAUUCUCGGGUAGAGACUGCUCGUUUGAUUCGUCGUUUUCAUGUACUCAAUAAAGAACUAGCAAAGUGUCGAUCUGAAGUCCAGAUCGACACAGCAAAAGAACAAUCUAUCUUGGUAGAAAUGGAAUCCUUGGGUGGUCUAGACUGGUAUCAAAAAGCCUCCCAGUUAGGUCAAAGCAAGACAAGAGGAGGCGAUUCUUCAAAAUGGCUAGUUCAGACAUUAAAACAGUAUGGAGAUAAAAACGUCAAAUCACUGCGUGUGCUGGAUGUAGGAGCUGUUGCGCCCGAUAAUUACAAGCCAUAUGCCUCUUGGAUUACAGCUAAACCAGUUGAUUUGAACCCACAGCAUCCAGAUAUUGAGAAACAGGACUUUUUGAAAAUGAAACCACCUGUGCAGGACAAAGACAAGUUUGAUAUUGUCUGCCUAAGUCUAGUGAUUAACUUUGUGGGCGAUCCAAGAGACAGAGGGCAAAUGUUAAUCCACACUCGAAAUUUCUUAACUUCACCUACUAUAAGUGAUCGCCUGCAUUAUUUAUUUUUGGUUGUACCUCUUCCUUGUGUGACAAAUUCAAGAUACAUGACACAUAUACAUUUAUUAGAGAUGAUGACAUCUAUUGGAUAUACCAAAUGUCUUCAUCAUCAUUUCUCUAACAAACUAGCCUAUUAUUUAUUUGAAUUGACUGAAAAGACAAACGUCAAAAAGGUGCAUUGGAAAAAAAAAGUAAUACAAGAUGGUGGUGGAAAGAAUAACUUCUCUGUAGUAAUAGAAUAA